GUUUCAAUGGCUGUAAGAAUGUCUUGUUUGGCUCAUGCUCAUCAUAACCCUAACCCUAACCCUAAUCCAACCCCAUCAUCCACUUCUAAAAGGAUCUUCAUGCUUUCAACAACACAAAACCCAUCUUCUCACAUCAGAUCCAACAUCAAACUCCAAAAGGUGUUUGAAGAUAAAUCGAGCGGUAUAGUAUGUUACAGAGAUGAUAAAGGGGAGAUAACAUGUGAAGGAUAUGAUGAAGGUCCUAGGCUUCAUCGUCAUCAACACUUGGGCAGCUUUUCUUGGAAUCAAAGAGAUGGAGAAGCCAUUGUUCAUCUUCUUAAAACAAGUCUGCUUCUAGUUAUGGAUGGUGGUGGUAAUUGAAGUCAACUACCCCAUGGAUGACUUGAUGUAUAUACUUGUUUAAUUUCUUUUCAUUUCGUAUUGAUGCUUUUGAUCCGUUCAUGGAAUUCAUUGGGUUUCAUACAUUACU